AUGAUUUCAUCUCUUGAUAUCUUACCGAAAGGUCUCAAUUUAACAUACGAUGAAGAAGAUGAAUUAGAUAGAAGUGUCGUUAAUUUCUUGGGACAUCGGCGACGAAACAAAUUUGCUUUUCCUAUACUCAUAUCACUCUAUUCGUUUAUCUUUGCAACUGGUUUAACUGGAAAUCUCUGUACAUGUGUGACUAUAUGGAAAAGUCGUGACAUGCAUACACCAACGAAUUUCUAUCUUUUUUCUCUUGCUGUUUCGGAUUUAUUAUUAAUUAGUUUGGGUCUAUCAGUAGAAAUGUACAAUAUUUACGAAUCUUGGCCCUGGAUAUUCGGGGAAUCGUUUUGUGUAUUUCGUACAGUUGUAUUAGAAAUCGUCACAUCUGCCUCGAUUUUAACUGUGCUAUGUUUUACAAUCGAACGUUAUCUAGCCAUUUGUUUCCCGAUUGUUUCACAAAAAGUUCUAGGCGGUUUAAAUCGCGCUUUAAAAAUGAUCAUGAUCGUUUGGUUUUUAUCCUUUCUCUUAGCUGUACCUUACACAUUCACCGCGGGCGUGUUUGUUAGUGUUAAAGGUGAACUUCGCAAUAUGACAAUCGAGAUUCUCGAUAGUCGUAUAUGUGCGAUUCGUCCGGAGUAUUGGGAACCGAUGUUAUACUACAUGGCAGUGACGACAUUUCUUGUAUUUCUUGUCCCAAUUAUUGUUAUUACUGUUCUAUAUGUUUUAAUGGGUAUUACUCUGUAUAAAGCAAGUCAUCGGCCGUUGAAUAAUAAUGAUGGAAAGAAACAUGAACAUAUUGUUUUACAUCAUCGUGGUCAACGACAGUUUUGGUUACGACAAAAUACUGCGUCAUUGAUUAAAUCACGUCCGAUACGAAAUUCCCGACGUGCUGUGUUGAAAAUGUUAGUGGCGGUUGUAAUUGCAUUUUUUAUUUGCUGGGCACCAUUUCACACACAACGUAUAACUGCAUUUGUGACACGAUUAUUAGAUAAAGCAAAUAAAAACAUCACAUCAGAUGCCGCUACAAAAUUUCAAGAAAUUCUCUUUUUUGCGUCAGGUAUUCUAUACUAUCUCUCUGCUACUGUCAAUCCUCUUCUAUACAAUAUCAUGUCGCGAAGAUAUCGCAAUAGUUUCAAACGAACAUUAUGUCGAUGGAGAAACGUAUCGCCUAAACCAUCGUAUCGAAAUGGUCGUUCAUAUAUAUAUUACAAUCGAGAUUUAGCUCGAUCACCUACAACUCCUUAUUCAACGAAUCCAUAUCAUCGUACGAUUCAAAAGACGAGUUCUUGUAAUCAUUAUCGUGAUAAUCUAUUUACAAUUUCGAUGUCGAAAUAUAAAUUAGUGAUUGGUUCUCGAACAUUUUCACGUCAAGAUUUACACGGAGAUUGUCGUCAUAAAACAUCAUUUCAUUAUCGCUUGUCGUUCACACAUAAAAAUGAACGUGAACUAGAAAAAGAGAAAAUGAAACUCCAAUUACGUCAAAGAAAAUUCUCAUUGAAUUUUAUUCAACAACCAAAAAAGCAUCGAGCAAGAUUCAUCUUUACGACAAAUGCUCCGCCACUCACACCACCGAAUACAUCGAUUAGUGAUUCGAAAGCGUCUCAUAUCAAACAAUAUCCAUAUUAG